GUGUGGCUGUCAAGGGAUAGAGCCAACCAGAGCGCUCUGAUCGAGUACGUCAACGAAUAUCUGGCACAUGAUAUUCCUAACUUAUUGCCAAGGACUCCACAUGGUCAUAUCUGGAAACAAAAUACUUUCUGACAGCAAGUUGUGUGAAUCAAGAAGCUCAGGCAUAAAUAUAUGAAAAGCAUUGUACUAACAUUUCCUGUACAAUGUACAGCCAAUGAAAUUGCUCCCAAUCAACCAAAACAUUAUGUAACUUAAUGCUCAUUGAAAAGUACAAAAUACGUGAUGGUAAUCUAAAAUACUUCAAUUAAUUAUAAAUUCAGUGCACUCUGCUUUAAUAGUGUGCUCAUGAUACAAACAACUUAGGUAGGUGCAGUGAAUAUUGACUCUGGGUGGGCAACCGGCUUCAAUGACUUCAUAUUCAACACAAAGAAGUAUCCCAAUGCAUCUGAUAUGAUUGAGUACUUUCACUCCAAGCAAAUCAAAGUGAUCGUUUGGACGACAUCCAUGGUCGAUGUCGACUCUCCAAACUACAACGAAGGUUUGUCCAAUGGCUUCUACGUUCGAGACUUGAUUGGAAAACCUGGUACCAUAAAAUGGUGGCAUGGGCAUGGAAGUCUGGUAGACUACAGCAAUCCCAAAGCAGUAGAAUGGUGGCAUAAGCAGAUGGACUUGGUUUUGAAUCUUGGUAUUGAUGGUUGGAAGUGUGAUGGCACAGACCCUUAUAUUUUAGAGUUGCCGUACUCUCAUGGUUAUGGAGGAUUCCUAACACAUCGAGACUAUGCAAAUGCGUACUAUGGAGAUUUCUUCAACUACACGCGAUUGAAACGGGGAAAUGACACUCUGAUAAUGUCAAGACCGGUGGAUGGCUACAAGUUCCUCUACUUGGAGUUCAGUCCUCAUUCAGUCAUGUUUUCUGGUUGGGUCGGAGACCAAGAUCCAACAUUCGAUGGUUUAGAAGCAGCCUUAAAACGAUACCUGCAAUCAGCAUGGGACGGAUAUGCCAAUUUUGGAUCAGAUAUAGGCGGUUAUCGCACUGGACAGGGUACACUGGGAAGAAGUCGAACACUCUUUCUAAGAUGGAUGCAGCUCGGAGCUUUCUCACCGCUCAUGGAAAAUGGAGGCAACAAAGAACACCGACCAUGGAUGUUUGAACCAUCCAAUGAAACAACAGCUAUUUACAAGAAAUAUGUGAGUGCACACCUGAUGUUGAUGCCUUAUCUGUUGGCCACUGGCUCGAAAGCCUAUGAGACACGAAGCAGUUCUAUUACACCUCUUGCUAAGCAUGAUACCUUCAUACACAAGUUGAUUGAUGAUUUCAAACCCACGACGUAUAACUACCUUCUGGGCAGUGACAUUCUAGUGUGUCCGGUGAUCAAUGAUCCGGCCAUUGUGGACGUUACCUUUCCUACUGGAUCUUGGGUGGAUUUCUGGAAUUCAUCGAAUGUAUACAAAGGCGGUGAUAAUCAUACAUUCACUCCAGAUUUAGCCACUUUACCGGUAUUCUAUCGAGCAGGUGCUAUCAUUCCUCUCAGAAUUAGAGACAAUCUCAACAGUUUUGGAGAUGAAACAUUUCAGGGGUCUCUCACUUUCUAUGUCAAUCGUCCAAAAAUCAACAUUCAACAUUCCGUUGAAGUGCGUGACCAGGAAUCGGGUAUGAUCGCUUCUUACUGGCUAAAUAGUCGUUCAACAUAUAUUCUCUUUGAGGUGACUGCUCAUCGUUCUGAAAUGGUGAUUAUCGUUCUCCAACAUGUUCUUCACCCUACAAGGAUCACUUCACGGUCAGUUGGCAAUCCCAAUAAGCCAGCUGAUCUAAGAGAACUGUCUUCUCUACAAUCACUGCAAUUGGUUGGUCAUGGAUUUUUUUGGAACUCAAAAAUAGAGCGACUUGUGAUCAGACCCGACAUUUCAUUAAUUGGAAUUUCAUUGACAAUCCAUUUUUAGUACCAUUGCAUAACUGGCCACAAGAGGUAAAUUUUUCAUUUCUUCCUGAAGGAAACUCAACGGUUCCGUUACAAAUAACAUUUACAUUAAUUUUGUAAAAAAUAAAGAUAAUGUUGUCACAUGUA